AUGCCAAUAUUAACAAAUGUAACGGAUGCUGAACAAAGUCAUAAAUUUGCUAUUUGGGCUGGAAAAUGGAAAUUAACACCUAAAGAUAGAAUUCCUGAUGAUGAUAAAUUAGCUGUAUUUGGAAAAAAGAUUACAAAUCCUAUUUGUUUGGCUGCCGGAUUUGAUAAAAAUGGGGAGGCCAUAGAUGCACUUUUUGAUCUUGGAUUCGGUUACGUGGAAAUUGGAAGUAUUACUCCUGAACCACAGCCGGGAAACCAAAAACCAAGAGUUUUUCGUUUAACUCAUGAUAAAGCAAUAAUCAAUCGUUACGGAUUUAAUUCGGAUGGUCAUAAAAUGGUAGAAAUUCGUCUUCGUGAUCGAUUAAGAAGAUUUAUUCUUCAUAAAACAAGACUUCUUCAAGAAACUUUUUCAUUAAUCAAAUCAUCUUCACUUGAUGAUGAUCCUUUAUUAUCUGAUUCUUUGGGAAUUAAUAGAAGUUUAAAAGAGGGUAAAUUAUUAGCUAUAAAUUUAGGAAAAAAUAAAUGGAGUGAUCCAAAUUCAGUAGAUGAUUAUAUUAAAGGAAUAAAAAGACUUGGUCGUUAUGCUGAUAUAUUGGUUAUAAAUGUUAGUAGCCCUAAUACUCCGGGGUUAAGAGAUUUACAAAGGAAAGAAAUUUUUAAAAAACUUUUAAAUGAGGUUGUGAUUACUCGUAAUGAAUUAAGUAAUCCACGUCCUGCAUUAUUAGUUAAGAUUGCACCUGAUCUUUCAGAUAAAGAAUUAAGUGAUAUUGCUGAUGCAGUGAUUGAAAGUAAUAUUGAUGGUAUAAUUGUGUCUAAUACAACCAUUUCAAGACCAGAAACUUUACAAAGUGGUGGAUUAAUCAAUGAAAUAGGUGGUUUAUCUGGACCUCCUUUAAAACCUUUAGCUUUAAAUACAUUGGAAAAAAUGAAUAAACUUACCAAAGGAAAAAUUACUUUAAUUGGUUGUGGAGGAAUAAGCAAUGCUAAGGAUGUUUUGGAAUAUGCUAAAGCAGGAGCAACUUUAGUACAAUUAUAUACUAGUUUAAGUUAUGAUGGUGCGGGCAAAGUAAGAGAAAUUAAAGAUGAAUUAAUUAAAGAAUUAAAAGAUCAAAAAUGGAAUCUUGAAGUUGCCAGAACAAAAGAUGAUGUAACAAUUGAUGAUUUCAAACAGAGAAUAUUUCAAACAGAGAAUAUUUCAAACAGAGAAUAUUUGCUAGAUAUGAAACCAGGAUUAAAUACAGAUGUUUAA